AUGUCGGCUGCGGUGGCUCGCCCUCCGUUCUACAGGACUCCGAGCUGUUGCGCUGUUGCAACCUGUGCUUUUCUUCUCUGCGUGCUCCGAGUUGAAGUUGAAGCCAUCAUAACGCCAAUUGCAAAAACUGCCCACUGUGACAUCAGCGGGAGUGAGCGAGCGGUGACUCAGAACCAGGCCCGGCUCCAGGCUACCCGUGGAGUCGACUUCCUGAAGUUUCUUGUCUGGCUUGUCCGAGCCGUGCAGUCUUGCUUUCCAGGGCACGCGCGGCAAGGUCUGGAGCUGCCUUGUCUUGCCUCCACGACUUUUUUCAAGACAUUCAUGUGUCAUGCAGCCACACUGCUACGGCUGCUACGCAUGAAUGCAAGAGGCUUCGCGUCCGCGCGAUGCACUCAGCCCUGGGAUCCUUGCGCCCUUUUUGAUGCGACCGAGUGUGGUCCCAGGCCUCUCGCGCAACUCCGGGAAUCUCUAGAAUCGCUGGCUGCAGAUGUUGCCAAAGAAGUCGAGGUCCAAGGGCGGCCGGCGAGGCGGCCAAGAAAGCGACUCCCGAUGCAAACGAGGAGCAGCGAACAGAAGGACCUCACACUUUGGGAGGAUUCCCCUGCUGCCGUCUACAACCCGUCCCAGGGCAUGCUCGUUCUACAGCAGGAGCAGUGGCAUGAAAGGUUGACUCACGACCGUGUACUGGACUGGAGUGGCAGGCUUCGGGCUCAAAAGGCGAAGCUGCAAGCGUUGGCUGUGCCCCCGGAGGAACCGGCUCCGCCUGCGGUGAAGCUUCCUUUACCGGUCGUGCAGGAGGUGUUCGACUCUCUCGUAAAGGACCCUCAGGACGAGAUACAGGCCCGUUUGGAGUCGAAAAGGCAGGAGUCGUUGGCCCUUCAGUUGGAGCUCAUCUUGGCGAACCCGCCUUUAUUGCUGCAGAAGGCCAUGAAGACGGCAGGCCCGGUGAAGAUACGGAUUGCCAAGGUGGAAGCAUCAGGACCUGAAGAUGGCUCCUACAUCGUCUACUUCCACGGCUGUGACUCAGCCCCGCGAGUCGAGCGCCGUCUGAAGAGAGCAGCUUCAGUGCUGGCGUCUGCGCUGGCGCGGCGGCUGCUUCUAGGGUACGUGCGAGAUCUGACUUUCGUCCCGGUCGCCUAUUCUUCGGAGAAUCAAGAUGCGCCUUCCGGCACGCUCUGGCGAUCCAGACGACGAGUGAGGAAGCAGCAGGUCGUUAGCGCUGCAGAGUCCUGGACAUCGUCCAUGCACUUCUGA